CCUCCUGGAGCCAUGCGAGAUCCUCCAUGAUCGUGAGCAUCCAUUCGGGACCGCUACUCUGCAGGUCACGUCUUCUGGUUCAGCAAUGUCGAACUGCGCCCAGAGUUUGGACGCAGCACUUCAACUUGUCUGCACGACUCUUCAACGACAAAGAUUCGGCACAGGAUGAUGGACUACCCACGCAGCGAGUCCGACUGGGCAAUAAUGCGCCAUUACCACUCCCACCCCUCCUCAACACAGUAGUGAAAGCUGCUCGACGUCGCUGGACGAGGCCGAAACCCCUCCCGACGCCGGCCGACAUCACUCCUUUUCGCGAGAGAAUCAACAAUAACCCAUACGCUCACGCGCUCGCGAUGCCUGUCCGCCAAUGCUCCGUCACGCAACAGAACCUCCCCUCCUUCUUCAUGCGCAACCUGACCAUCAAACGCGACCCCAGCACAGACACAGAGUGGUUCCUACCCAUCACCGAUUUCGGGAAAAUCAACCGCGAAGCCCGACCCGCAAAAUGCGCCAUCUCACACUUAAAUUCCCAAAAGCUCGCCAAUUUCCUCUUCGGCGAAGGCGGCACCAAGCCGCAUCUCAGCGAGAAGAAGAAACGCCUCAGCAAAACCCUUGGGAAGAAUACGACUCCGCAGAGCAGAAACUCGAUCAUGCGCGUCGCUCAGGCCAUGGUGGUCAAUAUGCGGCCAAAGUGGAUGCCGCGCAUGUUCAAGGGACAGGUGAAAUGGCGCCCAGAUCUCGCGGACCUGUACCUGGAUCUCAGCCGGGCCCACGCUCGCAGAACGCUCGCGCUGACGCUGAAGAACAAGAAGAAAGGCCCGGAUGCGUGGGCAGUUGCUGUCGAGGAUCCGCAGACGCUCGCAGAGCACGACAAUGUGGCAUGUAUGCUCUACGUCGGAGGCCCUGGCCCGAGCGAUUUUGCCGAGCAAGUCAACGAAGCGAAUAAAAUGAUUGCUUUCAUCGAAAAGGGCGUGAUGAUAGUCGCAGAAAUGUUUGACAGGGCGCGCCGCAGGGAUGAAGACAAAACGGACACAUUCCCACCGGAGCAGAUAGGCCUCUCUCGACUGCAAGAGAAGGUGAAGUAUCCGCCCGUGCAGUAUCCGACAAUGCCGUAUAGAGACAGGAAAGUCGCGCUGUAUCAUCUCUGGGACCUGUUUGGUGAGGAUAUGGCGAAGGAGAUCCUUGCCGAAACAAGGUUUAGGAAUGCGAAGUGGAUUGCGUUGACUGAGAGCAAGUGGACGCGGAAUGUGCAGAUGCAGUUGAUGCGCCUUCAGGGGUAUAUACAGACUCCGAUAUGAAUUCAACUUUAACCACUUUGCACAGCUCCGACUUGUAUAUAGCUUUUUGUCUCGCUGACCAAAUAGAAAACUCAUGUAACAACGCAGAACCUCUGAGCAUCAGAGAGACGUGAAACAUGAACAUGAGAGCGCACGUGUAGACAUCAGACCCAAGCAAGAAGGAGAUUCACGAGCA